AUGGCUCAAGGGGGCUGUUCUUACUUUUCUGCUUCUAUAAAAGAAAGUCGUUUUGCAGAUGUAGGGAAAUCUCUGGAUUUGUUUGGAACAGCAUUUCAGCCCAGAGAAAAAAUAAACUCGCGGUACACAGCAAAGGAAGGAAAAGAGAAGUUCUCUCCUAUAAUUCUGGCUGGGACUCUUGGAAAAUUCUGGGGAAGGUCUUGGCAGAACAUCUUGGAAGAAGAAACCACCCGUUGGAUUGUGCAGCAUCACCCUUUCAAGUUCUUCUGUAAGGAGGUUGAGGGACCUCGAGAACUUUGCAGCCAACUUCAUCGCCUUUACCAUCAGUGGCUGAAGCCAGAGAAGCACACGAAAGCUCAGAUGUUGGACCUGGUGGUCCUGGAGCAGUUCCUGGCCAUCCUGCCCCCAGAAAUGGAGCGCUGGGUGCGAGAGUGUGGAGCAGAAACCAGCUCCCAGGCAGUGGCCCUCGCAGAAGGUUUUCUCCUGAGCCAGGCGGAGGACAAGAAGCUAGCAGAAAUGCAGGUUUAUGAACCCUUCAUGGAGAUGGCUGUUGAAUAUCCCAAAGCAAGGGGCAGUGUGUCAUAUUCCUCUCAGAAGCUGGCUUCUAGAGGUAUCUCCCAGGAAGACCCACCUCUAAGUACUUCCACAGCAAUUAAUUUCUCUGGGGAAGAAUGGACUCUGCUGGAUUUUGACCAGAAAACUAUAUACACAGAAGUCAUGCUGGAAAAUGCUAAGAUUGUGGCCUCCAUACGUGAUGAGCAGAAGUUUGAGGAUGAUAAGAAGCCAGUAGCAGAAAAAUUGCAAGCAGUCAAGAAUAAAAUUAAAGAAACUUUCUUUGAAAAUCCACAGGGACCAAAAAGGCCUAAGGAAAACCAACUCAACAACAGGGUGGAGAAAUCGACAAUGCAAUGUGCAGAAAUCCAUGUCUUCCUGCCCCAAGAAGAUCAUAAAAAGAAAAAUUGUAUAAGGUGUGGAAACAUAUUGAGGAAUAUGUCCAAUUUCUGUGACUGCUGUGAAACCCUCAUCAAAGAGGAACAAUACAGACACAAAAAGCAAAGAAAAAAUGAUAACUGGGACCAUGCUCUCUCUUUACACCAAAGCGCCCACGCCGGAGAAAAAUCCUUUAAAUGCCUGGAGUGUGGGAAAAGUUUCAGUAAGAGCAGUAAUCUGAAUGCCCACAAAAGGAUCCACACAGGGGAGAAACCAUACAAAUGCCUGGAUUGUGGGAAAAGCUUCCGCAAGAACGGUAACCUUACAUCCCAUAUAAGGAUCCACACAGGGGUGAAACCAUACAAAUGCAUGGGCUGUGGAAAAAGUUUCAGGUGGAACAGCAAUCUUACUUCCCAUAAAAAGAUCCACAUAGCGGAGAACCAUUGA